GUAAGACUAUUUUUAGAUCGGUAGGUAAUUGAGAACUUCUCUCCCUCUCUCUAUAUAUAAGACUCUCGUGUGCCAUGGCCCAUGAAAAUUCAAGUUAAACAGUAUUUACUAUAGUGAGGAGAUGACAUCUUCAAGUGCUGAGCAAGACAACUACCGUAAUUACUUGAGUGAAGAAGAAACGAAGAACACCCAAUGGAGGUUUGGUCCCCCUGAUUAUAGUGUUGUCAACAAGCUCUUUGAAGAAGGCAGAACUAAGAUAUGGCCUCCUGGGUCGCUUGAAGAAAAGGUUCAGAGGCUUGUAAAGUCAUGGGAAAUGGAGAUUUUCCAUAAAACCAACAUUGAUGACUUCAAAACCCUUGAUCCCAAGAAGUAUACUUUCAGCUUAAAUGGAAGGAAGGCUUUAAACUUGGAAGAAAUAGGCAAACUUGGGGGAGGCUAUAACCCGCUGCUACAGACCUCCCUGCCUGAGAAAUUCAGGGCCUAUAAUCCAGAUGGGGAAACGGCGGAAUCUUCUCAUCGGACUUUCACGACAACGUUCCCUCGCGGGUUUGCUUUGGAGAUUCUCCAUGUUUAUAGUGGGCCGCCGGUGAUUGUGUACAAGUUCAGGCACUGGGGUUAUGUGGAGGGCCCUUUCAAAGGCCAUGCCCCAACUGGAGAAAGGGUUGAACUCUAUGGAAUGGCCAUUUUUGAGGUAGACGAGGAGAUGAGAGUUGUGAAGGUGGAGUUCUUUUAUGACCCUGGUCAGUUGCUCGGAGGUCUUCUGAAAGGUGUUAGCUUGGAUGGUUCUGCCGAGGAGGCAGCCACAAGCUGCCCUGUUCUAAGGAAAACAGGGUAGAACAGCCUACACGGCAUUUUCAAUCUGCGCUGCGUAAUGAAACUAAAAGGUUUCAUGAGUACAUGGAAUUUUCAGUCUUCUGUAAUGUAAUAAUAAAUAAUAUAUCGCAUCCAAAAAAAUAAUAAAUAAUAUAUUAUAUUUUCCUGGAGCUA